CAUUAAAAGACACGAAUGGAAAGGUGCACUGAGCCAAUAAUGAGUUCGAUGUAAAAUCAUUUAACAAGUCAAGAAGCAAAAAUGUCGUUAAAAUGAUCUAAAGACAUUGUAAGAAGUAAGUAAAAAAAUACUUGACUGACAUUUUACUCGGAUCAACAGGUAGACGACACGAUAACAGCAUCAUUAUCUAAAGUGGACUCGAAAGUUAUAUUUAAUGCUUUAGAGACAGAUAAACUGCCUGAUAAAUUCAAACCAAUUUCGGGUUGCAGGUGAGUGUUGUCCAGUGGCAAAUUGCAUUUUUCAACCGAAGCUCGCACAAGUUCUUGUCUGGGGAAUUCUGGAAUUGAUCUGUGGGAAGAAGACGACUACGGAUGGAAUAUAUUUUACUACUUGGAUAUAAAAAAUAAGAAGAAAAUGGAAAUUUGGAUCGACCGUAAUGCUGUCUUAGGUAGAGGUGGCUUUGGUCAUGUGCUUAAAGGAAAGUAUGGAGGCCGUGAAGUCGCAGUAAAAAGAGUUGAACUACGUUUCGUCAACGAAAAAGAAGAAGAAGCUUUGCGAGCGUUAGAUCAUCCAAACGUCGUCAAACUUCUUCACUGUGACAGUAAUGACGACUUUAGGAUGUAUGUAUUGGAAUUAUGCGACGCCUCUUUAGAUCAGCUCUUCCUGGAGCCGAAUCACCCAAAGAAAUACGACGGACCUAUGCCACGUUAUAUUCACGUUUUUCUUCAGUUAGCUUCGGGGCUCAAACACAUCCAUUCGAAGCAAAUAAUCCACAGAGACAUAAAACCGCAAAACGUGCUCAUUUCAAAGACACCUGCCAGCCGAAGCAAUGAGGUAACAAUCAAAUGGGCUGAUUUUGGAUUGUCCAAAUCCGUAGAUGAACGUGGAUAUCACUUGUGGUCUGGAGUAAGAGGAACCAAAAAUUGGUACGCCCCCGAGGUGCUGAAGAUAAGCAAUAACACAAAAGAGGCAGAAGAGGCAAAAAAGCUUGAAGGAACAGUCAAGAGCGAUGUAUUCACCCUAGGCCUUGUCUUCGGGUUUCUUUUCUUGAAAGGAGAACAUGUUUAUGGUUCCAGUGAAAGAGAAAUUUACGACAACGUAAUUGCAAAGCAACCGAUCAACUUGAAGAAAACUGACAGAAAAUUACUAGAAAUUUAUCAGAAUAACCUACUUCAGAAAAUGUUGGAAAAUGAUCCUAGCAAAAGGAUGACAUCGGCAGAAGUAGUCGAACAACUGAAAUCUAUCGAGGACAAGCUUGCAGAAAAAGAGGAACAAUUGCGUGAUCUAUGUGCUGGUCGUGAACCUCUUGAUAUUUUCAAUUUCGAAUUUUAUCUUCCUUUAACAAGAAAAAUCCAAAACUUGAUUCGCUUUGGAAUCGACGUGAAUGCAAAGAACCAAUUUGGAUUAAAUGCACUUCAUCUCUUGUGUCAACACAAUUCCGGUAGACACUUAAUCGAGGCAAUUAAAGUAUUGAUCGAUUUUGGUAUCGACAAGGACGCAAAGACGGAAAAGGGUUGGAAUGCACUUCAUCUUUUGUGCGCUAACAGUUCCAGUCCACACUUAAUCGAGGCAAUUCAAGUCUUGAUCAAAUUCGGAAUCGACAAGGACGCAAAGCAGAUCAACGGUGGGAAUGCACUUCAUCUUUUGUGCUCAAACAGUUCCAGUCCACACUUAGUCGAGGCUAUUCAAGAAUUGAUCAAACUCGGCAUCGACAAGGACGCAAAGUUCCGAGUUAUUUGCGAGUAUUCACCCAGCAUAUUGAAGACAAUGGAAUCUGCACGUCAUCACAUCCAAUUGGUUAUGGAAGGUGGUAAAAAGUACGGAUUAGUCCCUCAAUAG